UCCGUGCCAGGAAGAACGAGUGAACUCGUUAGCUAUGGAUGAGAAUAAGGGAACCGUUAUUUUGAAGUCAUCGAACGAAUGGAGGAGAUGGUUAGAGCAGUUGAGAACAAAGGCGACGAAGGAACGAGUCUGGGAUUAUGUGAAUCCAUCCCCGUUACGGACACACGAGGUGGAACCGGCACCGGAGAAACCAGUUAAACCCCCUUUUCCAGACAGUAUAAUGCCGAAUCAGAACGAGGAUCCAGAAGUUGAGAAGCUUGCAUUGAUGCGCUUCCAAAUGGAAUUACAGUUAUAUGAGCAGCAUUAUCAACGGUAUAAGGACGAAAAGGCGAGGUACGAGAAGCACCAGGAACGAUUGGACGCGGUACGAUCGUAUAUAUUCGACACGGUUGAACUAGGCCACCAUCCCCGAAUUCGGAUGAAGCAAACCGUUCUCGAGAUGACACAGGAAUUGCGGGAGGAAUUUGCUCUGCAACCGGAGCAGGAGCAUGAACUGAUAAAUGAGAGAUAUAGAGAUUUGCUUACUCCGAAACGCGGCAUGAAGCCUAAAGACUGGAUCUCGAAAUGGGAGAAUCUGUUAUUGGAUAUGCAACUAACGGACUUCAAUGAGAUUCCAGAAAAGAGAAUGUCGAGGGACUUUAUUCGUUCAUCAGCUUUUAUUGCACCCAAGUUUGCUGAAUCAUGGACGACAACACUCAUCGAAUUGGAUACCGGACUGGAAGUAUUACAUAGGAAGAUUGGAUUAGACUCAGUACCAGGGAUUCGCGAUAUGAUAAAGAUUUUCGAACAAUGGGUCAAGGCACAACGCAACGUGAUGGACCCUACUCGACGUGAUGCAUCAUUCGCGAUGUUAGGCGGUAAAUCGGAUCAGCCUGAGAAGGAAGAAGAACAAAAAGGGACUCAGCAAUCCAAUCAGCAGACUAAUCAUCAAUCAAGAUCACAACGGAAAGGACAAUCGAGAAACAGAGAAAGAACGUGUCUAUGUGGAGCAAAGCACAACUUUGAGGAUUGCCCAUAUGUCAAUGAAGGAAAAAGAUCAAAGGAUUGGAAAGAAGAUGAGGAUAUUACCAGAAAGUUCAAAGAUGUGGAACGCAGUAAUACAUCGCUGGCGAAGGCACUUAAGGCAGUCAAAGGGAAGCUUAAACCGACAAAUUCAACCAAUAAAAAGGAAUCUGACGACGGCAAGAAGGACAACGAACCGGAAAGAUCGAACUUUGUAUAUGAUGAGGACGAAGUUCAGAUAUCGAUAGGUCCGCGUUUUGAACGAUCAAGCAUGGCAAUACAAGUUCAAACAAUAGCGACAGCCACAGAUUCAGACAAAGACCUCAAGGAUGCAGUUAUUUUGGAUAACGGUACAACGACUAACAUCUUCAAUGACUUAAGACGGCUUCGCAAUAUGGGAAAUGAAGAACGAAUCUGUCUUGUUGGAAAUGGCUCAGUGAAGAUGUAUGGACCAGGGGAAACGAUCAUCUAUCCAACGAAUCCGAUUAGCAGACAGGCAAAGAAAGGGAUAUUGGUGAAGGAGGCAUGGUAUGUUCCAGGAAUGCAUACCAACAUUAUCUCUCAAGGAAUGGCUGAGGAAUAUGGACUUUUCUUCAAUGGUUUGACCCGAAGAUUGGUGACAAAGAAACAAGAUAUUUGUGGACUGAAGAAGGAAGGAAGGCUUUAUCUGAUUGAAUGGGAUGAAAACCGGAAACCUAGGAGUUCUCUAGGAAACGACUUAGCACUUAGUUCUUUCGAGAGAAAAGUAUUGAAGGACCCUGGGAAUGUAUGGCACAAACGACUUGGACAUAUAUCGGAACAAGCCGUUGAGAAACUUCAGGAAGCAACGGAGGGUGCACUUGUCACUUCACCAAGGGCUUUAGGCAGGAAUGAAGAAGGAUUCAAGGAGAAAUGUGAGAUUUGCGAACUUUCCUCGGCAAAGAGACAAAUAAGCAGAGUGGCGAUACCACAUCCAACGCGACCGUUCCAAAAAGUAUUUGUCGAUAUCAUUGUUAUGAGCUUGGCAAGGAACGGAGAUGUGUAUGCACUUCAUCUAUUCGACCCUUUCACAAAAUACCACGCCUUGGCAACAACCCCAACGAAAUCGGUAAAUUUUGACUUGCAAUGGCUAAUUGAGGAUGUUAAACGAACAUUCCAUGUUGUGAUUGAAGUCAUACAUUGUGACGGCGAAUCAGCAAUCAAUGGAAAUGACUUCAAAGAUUGGUGCAAGUCAAAACGGAAAACCCUUGUGACAACAGUUCCUAAUACUCCAGAACAAAAUGGGCCAAGCGAGCGAGCUGGAGGACUUAUCACUACACGAACAAGAAGUGCGAUCCAGGAAGCAAACUUACCGACAGGAUUGUGGCCAUAUGUUAUGCAAGCGAUGGUUUAUAUCAUCAAUCGGACGCCCACAAAAGCAAUCGGUUAUAAGACUCCAUAUGAGAUGGCGUAUGGCAAGAAACCUUACAUUGGAAAUCUGUACUUGCUUGGAUCAAAGGCGUACGUGAGAAUCAACACCAAGAAAAGUGAGAAGAUGGAACCGAGGGCUCAAAUCGGAUAUCUCGUUGGAUACGAGUCUCACAAUAUUUGGCUAAUUUGGACAGAGGGACCACGAGGGACCAAGGUCAUUCGAGCAAGGGAUGUUUUUUUUGACGAAACGAAGAAGUAUGAUCCAGAACAUCCAUUUGCUAGAGAGAUUAUUAGGAACGGUGUGACAAAAAUCACAGAAUCAUUAGACAUACCGAACCUGGAGGACUUCAAUGAAGAACGAGUUGUGGAAUCAGUCGACGAAUAUAUGAAUUUGCAGCAAUCCUCCUCAAUGAAAUUUCCUCUGGAAAUCCCAGUAUUAGCUUCUGGAAACAGCCAGACAGUCACAACACAGCAACACAUACCAGAAAGCAUGGAAAUUGAUGAUCAACCUGUCAACGAGCCAACACAGUCUGUUGUGAUACACUCUGACAGCCAUUUGAUACCCAGCCCGUCAGCAUCCAGUUCGACAGAGUCGAUGCAAGGUCACCAGAUGUCAACGAGCAAGGAAUUGUUACUGGAAAAUCGAAUUAGUGAACAGAAUCAGGAUGACAAAAUGGAAAUCGACGACGUACGUGGCCAGCAAGAUAAUCAGUUAGUUCGAUUUGAUGACACUAAAAACGAAGUCACAUUGUACGGUGAUGAAUCCCAAUUUGGCGAAUCUGGGAGGGUGACUGGUGAGGAUAGUGGUGAGGAAGAAGCUCAACAGGAUGAAGGAGCAGAGCGAGAGAAUAUGGCUCUCACGGCCGGAACAACCACUAGUCCGAGUGGGCAGAUUCCCCAAAUAGGAAAUGAACAGACACCGCUGUUGCAAUUGACCAAUGAGGAAUCAAGAAAUCCUGACGUCACGUUACCUGAGCUACUACUAUCAACUACCCCGCAGCAAAGAAGCGCGCCAAAGGCCUCAGAAAUCGGAGCUGACCUCUCAGAGGGAAAUAUUGUGACAGGACCACGCCGAAGGAUUCCCUCUAAGCGUGCUCGAAGCCCAGAAAUAGCGACAUCUAAGGCGGAGAGGAAGAGGCACCGAGCUUUUUUCGCGAGAAUGAAGUUAUUGCAAGAGUCUUCAGCGUAUAAAGCGUUUUUGGCAGCCGCAGAGAAACUUGAUGGGUAUGAGCCGCUUCAUGAAGAUAUCCCACCAGAGCCCAGGAACUGGAUAGGCGUCAAAAGACACAGAUUUGCCAGGCAAUUUGAGGAAGCUGGGAGAACUGAGAUGGAGUCAUUAAAGAGAAAAGGCACAUUUGAAGUUGUCGACAGACCUGAAGGAAAGCAAAUCCUACCACUGACAUGGGUCUUCAAAUACAAAUUUGACAAAUUUGGGAAGAUUGCAAAGUUCAAAGCACGAAUUUGUGUUCGAGGAGACUUGCAAAAGGGUAUGGAUUUGGAAACACGAGCAGCAACGCUUGCGGCAAGAAUUUUUAGAAUGAUGAUGGCACUAGCUGCAGUUUUUGAUCUUGAGAUUGUACAACUUGAUGCAGUCAACGCUUUUGUUAACAGUGACCUGGAUGAAGAGGUAUACGUUUAUUUUCCAGAUGGCUUCAGAAUUCCCGGAAAAGUCAUACGAUUAAGGAAAGCGUUAUAUGGAUUACGACAAAGUCCGCGAUUAUGGCAAAAAGAGCUUACAGGAACGCUAUUGGAGCUUGGAUUUUCGCAAAUUCCAGAUGAAGAGUGCUUAUUUGUUAAAGAUGGUGUGUUUUUACUCUUCUUUGUGGACGAUAUUUUGAUCUUUUACGACAGGAAAAAUCGACAAUCUCUCUUUGAGGAAAUUGUUAAGAAACUCACGAGCAAAUAUGAGAUUCGACAAAUGGAGAAAUUCGAGUGGUUCUUGAAUAUGCGAAUCGUACGGGAUAGAAAGCAGCGGAAGAUCUGGAUUUGUCAAGAUUCGUAUAUUACCAAGAUUGCUAAAAAGUUUGGGCUAACGCAAAACAAUACAAAGACACCAAUUUCCAUCGAUUUACAACCGUCAGAGAGUGAAGCCAUGAAUGAAGACAUUCACCUCUACCAAGAAUUGGUGGGAUCAGCAAUGUAUGCUGCAGUCAUGACCCGACCUGAUGUUGCAAAGCCAGUGAACGAACUUGCCAAAUUCACUACAAAUCCGUCAAAGGAUCACAUCCGCCAGAUUAAACGUGUCAUUGAAUAUCUCUAUAAUACACGAUUCCUCGCUAUCGAAUUCUCACCACCGGAAAACAGCGAUUCGGACGUUGCUAUAUGUGCUUCGGAUGCUUCUUUUGGAGACAACGCCGAUCGUACGAGCUCGGAGGCUUAUAUCUUCAGUUUAUACGGAGGUCCUGUCGACUGGCGUGCCACAAAGCAACGAUUAGUUACAACUUCAACUACCGAAGCGGAAUUAAGAGCGGCAACGGAAGCAGCAAUGAAGCUCUAUGUUUGGAAACGUGUAUUCAAGGCUAUUGGUUUCAAAACAGAUCGUGAGCUCUCUAUUCGGUGUGACAAUAAGCAAACCGUGCUACUCUUGACUAGGGAGGACCCUCAUUUUCGAACGAACUUACGACAUAUUGAUAUCUACCACCAUUGGCUACGGCAGGAGGUGCAAUGUGGCAGACUUCACAUUGAGUGGGUUCCUACAAAGGAAAUGAUUGCAGAUGGCCUUACCAAGGUGUUGAAAGGACAACAAUUCUUGGACUGGAGAAAACACCAAGGAUUAACAGAUAUAGCUCAUUUAGUGCAAGAAUGAAACCUCACGGUUUCCUUCUUGGGAGGGUGUGUUGGAACUCAGAAUGAACUAAACCAAUUUGGGAAUAGGACAAGAUUUGCGUAUCAAGAAAUUUCGAGAAUUGGCAUCACAUUCCGACGCGAUAUUGAACAUUACAAAUCAACUUUACAGCCUAUCUCUAGAAAGUUCGAUUUGCACAAGUGUCGACUUUUGGUGAUAUCACUUCUAUGGAAUCUUGUAUAUAAAAACAGGUUCAAUACUCCUAGAUAGUGGUUUUAGAGGAGUGCCGGAAAAUAGACCUAGUUCCUUAU